UUUAUUGUGAAAGGUCUGGCACAAACCGGUAAUACGUAUGAUUUGACCGAGGAAGAAGAAGAGCACAACAACAAUGGCGGCGUAGGACUUCUGAGAGGUGAACUGUGAAGACAGAGAGUCCUGGAUGCAGGGUGUCAAGCCGGUGGUGGAGGUGGUCCGCCUGGGCCUGGUCACCUACCAGGAGGCUCUGCGGCUGCAGCAGGUCUACGUGAACCGGCACUGGUCUGGUCCGGCUCACGCUCUGCUGCUGUGUCAGCACCCACCGGUCUACACCACCGGGAUCCGCAAGAAACCGUACCCCGCUGCCCUGCUGGACCAACUCCGCCUGCUGGGGGCUGACGUCCAUCGAACCAACCGAGGCGGACUCAUCACCUUCCACGGGCCAGGACAGCUGGUCUGUUACCCGGUCCUGAACCUGGGCAGCUUCAAGAAGAGUGUUCGCUGGUACGUCUGCGAGCUGGAGAAAACCAUCAUCUCCGUCUGCAGCAGGUUUGGUAUUGAAGCAUCAACGUCUCCUCACACCGGAGUUUGGGUCGGAGACAACAAAAUCUGUGCCAUUGGAAUCCACUGUGGUCGAUACGUCACGUCUCACGGUUUGGCUCUGAACUGUAACACUGACAUGUCGUGGUUCAGCCACAUCGUACCGUGCGGUAGAGGUAAAGUGACGUCGCUGAGCGAUGAGCUGCAGAGAGACGUCAGCGUGGAGGAAACCAUCCCUCAUUUGCUGGACGCCUUCAGAGACCAGUUCAACUGUCAGCUGACCACUGGACGAACUCCUGAAACUGAAGAGGACAGUGGACGAUCGUCAGCAUAGAAACUGACCUGAAGAGACUUGAUAUGAUUAAAUAUGACAAACUGUCUGUUGGAAAAUUUUAUCUUUAGGUUCAGAUUAAUCGCUGGCUUUGUAAAUCUUACAGGGCUGAACCUAAAUUUAAGAUUAAUUAUUGAAUAAUUAUUGGGUUCUAAUAAGUGCUGUUCUUGGAUUUUCACCUUAAUAAAAAACUAAAGCUGUUUAAUAUAAAAAUGAAUGGAAAUGAA